GGAGCAGCAGGAACACGAUCACAACAGGGAAGGGAGGCGCCGUGGGCACCUCCUCCCUCGAGUCCCAGCACACCGUGCUGACCAAGCGGCCCCCGGCCUGUUGGAGGUCCAGCUCCGGCAGCCUGGGACAGCCGGCCCCGCCCCUCGCGCCCCCGCGGAGGACCUCUCUGGACGGCGGCCGUCUGGGUCAUAGCCAGGGCCAUAUACCUUAUAUACCUUGAGAGUACUGGAGUAGUACACUGGAGAGUAGAUAACACAUGCUGAAAUAAAGUUCCACCUUUAUGUCUAACGUCACUUUAUGGCCCCAUACAAGUUAAAUAUUACGGAUCACUGUUCAGUCUUCCUCCACAAACCACUGAGCUGAGAGCCGAGAUGAGUGCGGUUCCAAGUCCCCCGACCCUGAGGGCCCGACUGGAGACCUUCGAGUGCCACUUCACGUGGAACCUGAACAGCCACAGAAACCACCUUUUCCUUCUAAGGGACAAACUGGAGGAUAUCGGCACCGAGGACGGCAACCUCUGGCUGGGACACAUCUACAACCUGCAGGCCUACGUCCACUUCCUCCUGGCCUCUGAAGAGCAGACCCCAGGCUCCACCAUGAGCGACGCGCUGCGCUGCUUCGGCCAGGCGGGGGAGGCCUUCCGGCAGGUGAGGAACCCUGUGGCGGACGACGGUCCCCGGCUGCUGGUCAACUACGGCAACUUGGCCUGGCUGCACUACCACCGGGAGGAGUGGUCCGAGAGCGUAGCUUACUUGGGCAAGGCGGAGGCACUGCUGAGAGAAUACCCGUCUUCGAUACAGGGGCAGCCCCAUCAGGAGGUCCUGGCCGAGAAAGCAUGGACCCUCAUGAACUUCGGCCAGGAAGGCAAACGUGCGGUGGAGCUCUUCAGGAAAGCCAUCGAGAUGGAACCAGCAGGCCCCGUGGAGUGGACCACCAGCCACGCGUUGGCCUUGGCGAUGUCUUCUCCUCGAGACGACUUGUCACCAGAGCAGGAGGCGGACGUCUUGGAGACCCUGAGACGUGCCGUUAAAGGCGAUCCAGACAACUUGUACAUUGCUGUGAUGUACCUUGGGAGACGCGCCAUGACCGACAGCAGAGGGAUCGCAGAGCGAGCCUGUGAGCUGACCAAGGAGGUGCUGAAAAGGUCCCAGACCAGCUACAGCGGGAUCCGACCCCUGCUGAGAGUCUACAGGCUGCACGUGUCCUUUGAUGAGGCCAUCGAGGUGGCGAAAAAGGCUCUAGAGAGGGAUCCGACCAAACGGCAUCUCAAAUACUGCCUGGCGAACUGCUACAAGUGGAAGAUCUUCUCAGGCAGGGACAGUCCCUUGAUCGAGGACCUGAGGAGUCGAGCCAUCGGUCUCUAUGAGGAGCUUUGCAGCCUGUAUCCACAUUCUUUCCUAAUGGGGAGGAUCACCCUGGCGAGUUUAUACGCACAGUCAAGGAAUCCUGACAACAUGGAGGCUGACAAGAUAUUUAGGGAUUUGUUGGAAAUUGAUUUAGAGCCAGCCCAGCGGCAAAUACUUUAUAACAAAUAUGCAAAAUUCCUCCACUUCAGUCUUCAAGACCGACGGAGGUCAAUAGAUUAUCUCAUGAAGGCAGCAGAAAUACUGCAUUCCUCCAGGUUUCGGAGAGAGAGCAUACACAUUCUGACCCAGAUUAAGAAUAGUAGGAUGGACCGAAUGUCUGGAGAAAUUGAGGACUUUCUGGCCCAACUAACCUUGUAUGCGGUUCCAAGUCCCCCGACCCUGAGGGCCCGACUGGAGACCUUCGAGUGCCACUUCACGUGGAACCUGAACAGCCACAGAAACCACCUUUUCCUUCUCAGGGACAAACUGGAGGAUAUCGGCACCGAGGACGGCAACCUCUGGCUGGGACACAUCUACAACCUGCAGGCCUAUGUCCACUUCCUCCUGGCCUCUGAAGAGCAGACCCCAGGCUCCACCAUGAGCGACGCGCUGCGCUGCUUCGGCCAGGCGGGGGAGGCCUUCCGGCAGGUGAGGAACACUGUGGCAGACGAGGGUCCCUGGCUGCUGGUCAACUACGGCAACCUGGCCUGGCUGCACUACCGACGGGACGAGUGGUCCGAGAGCCUCGCGUACUUGGGCAAGGCGGAGGCACUGCUGCGAGAAUACCCGUCUUCGAUACAGGGGCAGCCCCAUCAGGAGGUCCUGGCCGAGAAAGCAUGGACCCUCAUGAACUUCGGCCAGGACGGCAAACGCAGUGCGGUGGAGCUCUUCAGGAAAGCCAUCGAGGUGGAACCAGCAUGCCCCGUGGAGUGGACCACCAGCCACGCGUUGGCCUUGGCGUUUUCUUCUCCUCCAGACGACUCGUCACCAGAGCAGGAGGCGGACGUCUUGGAGACCCUGAGACGCGCCGUUGAAGGCGAUCCAGACAACUUGUACGUGGCUACGGUGUGCCUCGAAAGACGCGCCAUGACCGACAGCAGAGGGAUCGCAGAGCGAGCCCGUGAGCUGACCAAGGAGGUGCUGAAAAGGUCCCAGACCAGCUAUAGCGGGAUCCGUCCCCUCCUGAGAGUCUACAGACUGCACGUGUCCCUGGAUGAGGCCAUCGACGUGGCGAACGAGGCUCUAGAGAGGCAUCCGACCAAACGACAUCUCAAAUUCGGCCUGGCGAGCUGCUACAAGUGGAAGAUGUUCUCAGAUGGUGACAGUCCCUUGAUCGAGGGCCUGAGGAGACGAGCCAUUAGUCUCUAUGAGGAGCUGUGCAGCCUGUAUCCUCAUUCUUUCCUAUUGGAGAAGAUCGCCCUGGCGAGUUUGUACGCACAGUCAAACAAUCAUGACAACAUGGAGGCUGACAAGAUAUAUAAGGAGUUGUUGGAAAUUGAUUUAGAGCCAGCCCAGCAGCAAAUACUUUACAACAAAUAUGCGAAAUUCCUCAACUUCAUCCUUCAAGACCGACAGGGGUCAAUAGAGUAUCACAUGAUGGCAGCAGAAAUACUGCAUUCCUCCUGGUUUCGGAGAAACAGCAUACACAUUCUGACCCAGAUUAAGAAUAGAAGGAUGAACCGAAUGUGUGGAGAAAUUGAGGACUUUCUGGCCCAACUACCCUUAUAGCUCAGCACACAAUAAAAAGAAAAUCACAUGUUACCUAAUUAGACAAAAUCCUUUAUUUAUUAAAAAUGGCACCAACUUUCAGAUGCCUUUCAAUGUUGAAAUCCACCAUGCAAUGAAAGAAUGGUUACAAAGCACAUACUUUGUAAUCACCGACUAUAUUAUUUUUAUACAAGGGGAAGUAUAAAUAGGAGUUUUAUUUAAGACAAAAAAUAAUAAUACUAUUAGGCGAAUGAAUAUUCAUAUUGCCUCUUAUCUCAAUUGUUUUAUCAUUUGUGUUAUCACAAAGUAAUCAUACCGUCCAAAGGCCAGGGGUGUAGUACAUGGACUGAAAUGGGUGGGUAUCCUUCACUUCCACUUACCGUUUGCCAUCUGGUCAAAGUUCCUUACAAACGUGACACGUUUUGGAAUGGCAUUUCCCGCCUUUAUUUUGAAGUCUCAAUAAGAAUGAAAAAAGACACAGAACACGCUAAAUUAAAAUAAUACGUAGAAAGACAGAAUGGACUAGUCGUUUCCUCUUCGGCUCUUCUUGUGACUUUUCUUUGAACUCCUGGUAUGAAAAACAGAGGUUGGAUUUAGUCAUUUAAUCAAUGUAACAGUUUGGGCUUUUUGUUGGUUGCUUAUUUAGACACGUUUAUUGCAGAGAAAUGAACAUGGUGAAUAAAGAAAAACAGUGGUAUCCUGA